AGUGCUUGCAUCAACAGACAACUUAAUUCAUUUUACUCGCGGGGGAAACACAGCGUUAAUUUAAUUGGAAGGAAGUUAAAUUUAGUCUAAUGUGAACUCUGGCCGUGGACCCUGUAUCGUGGGGAAAGCACAGCCACCUAAAAGAUAAAAAACUUUAUCAAUGAACACCGCGAUCUUCAAAGGCCCUGUUUUAUACUUCCUGGAUUUUAGAAGUUUUACAUACACUUAUCUAUUUUGACAGUUCUUGGUUGUUGCCUUUUUUAUUGAGGUCGUGUUGUUUUUAGGGGCGUGUGUCGGAUGUGCAUUUCACGUGUAAUUGAAUUUAAGGGGAGAGUUUAAACAUGACCAGAACAACCCAGUACGUCGACGCUUUUUGGGAGCCCGAUUUCACCAAUACCAAGGGCUUAGAUAUAUUGACCAAGAGAAACAAAGAUAUCAGAAAAGUGUCCAAAGAGCUAGAGGAGUACUACAAGGAAAGGGCUAAAGCCGAGCAGGUCUAUAGCAAGGCGAUACAGGCCUUGGUCCGGAAACUCGAGGGAAAGGAAGAAAUAGGAGACCUUGGUAAGGCACUAAGAGAAUUGAAAAUACAAACAGAGCGGAUAGCAAGAUCCCAUGAGGAGGCGGGCAACAGUUUCCAAGUGUUGUACAAUGAACUUAACAAGUUCAAUGACGAACAGAAGGCCAUCAAGCAGCAGAUCGAGGAUAGGACUAAGUCUAGCCAAACUGACAAGAUACAGAAAUACAAAACAUGCGUGUCGUGUAAAGAGAAAUACAUAAGCAAGUGUAAAGAGAAAGAAGCGGCAGAGGAAGCGUUUAACCAGGCGCGCCAGAGUGUUCAGAUCACCUCAAAGGACCUCAGCAAGGCCAGUAAGGCAAAAGAGAAGGCGGACGAUGCCCAACAACAAGCAGAUGCAAACUAUAAGAGCUCGGUGCAGGCCUUGGAAAUUUCCAGGAAGUCCUGGGAGAAGGAGAUGGAGGACGCCUGCAAUAAUUUCCAGCGCCUCGAGGAGCAGAGGAUUGACUUCUUCAGAGACAGUGUUUGGAAGUGUACUAAUGUGGACUCUAAGGCCUGUGUAGACCACGACGAGUGCGCUGAAGCUGUCCGUAAUGUGUUGCAAUAUUGUGAUAUUUCCAAAGACCUACAAGAAUUUAUUGAUAACAACAAAUUAUCUGGGAAACGGCCAGAGCAAAUACUGUACGAGGACUAUGACAGACGAUCGAACCAAGGACCACUCUCCCGAACUCAGUCGCAGCGCCCCCCUCAACCAAUCCCACCGGUGCAACAUCCAAGAAUCCCCCCGCCAAGACCCGCAGAGGGGCCACUUAUAUCAUUUGAUGAAGCUGAUGAAACUUACGCGCUGGCAAGAGCAAUACCCAACGACGAGUAUUCCUAUGCUCGUGUGUUCCCAGAACCUACGCCUUUCGGACCGGGCCUAACCAUCGGAUCUCAAGUUAAUGUUCUCAAGUCCUACCACGCCAAGGGUCCGUCUGAGCUGACGGUUGAGACUGGGCAGAAAGUGGAGUUUAUGAGGGAGAUGAAGGGAGGGAUGACCCAGGUCAAAGUGGGUGAGAGGUGUGGCCUGAUCCCCACGGCCUGCAUACGGAUGGGGACCACCACCUACCUGUAAUAUACUUGUAGAUUACCUGUACACAGAUCGUACUUUUCUGGUUACUUUCUUUUCAUUAUUAAGUGCACAUUUUUAUGCAUGUUGUGACAUGAGAGAGAGAGAGAGAGAGAGAGAGAGAGAGAGAGAGAGAGAGAGAGAGUUAAUACAAGCAUGAAAUGAGAGAAAGAGAAUCAGUCAAAUCAGUCAAUUACAAGCAUGAAAUGAAUAAAUAUUUUUUAAUGUAUAUUUACGACGCCUUCCGUGUCCAAAAAUUGCAAUAGUUUUGCAAGGUGCUUUACAACGUAUAUAACAUACAGAGUCAAUAAUCGUUUUCAUUCUGUUUAAUUUGUUUUCCCUGAUUUAUAUUUUAUUCGUUAGUGUAUUUGUGUGCCUGGUUAUUUUUAUUUACGCGUGUCUUUAGCGGAAGUUCAAUUAUCGUUUGGGUUUCCGCUGUGUCUCAACAGUAUAAAUGUAUUUUUAAAAUUCACACUUGGUUUUAUGUUCACAUACUUAUUAUGAACCUAAGAUACCGAUAUAAGCACAGUUUUUUCUUGUUGAUAUUUAUGUUAAAAGAAUUAGUUUUUAGAAUACAUUUAUUGCACAUCAAACGCUUGUUAUUUAAUAUCCUUAUUUGUUUGUAUGUCUGUUUGUGUAUAAACUGUCUGUCAGUCUUUGUUAACAGGGUAGACGGUUAGAAAACUUACAUGAGAUUAAUUUAAUUAAAUAAACAUACAUGUAUUAUG